CACACACACACACACACACACACACAAACACGUGCAAACACACACACACACACACACACACACACACACACACACACACACACACACACACACACAGGGAGGGAUAAGCCGAGGGCUGACUGUAAGGGGUCCGGCUCUGCUGCUGUAGAUAAACACUUCAAACACACACUCAGACUCUGCGAAGAACGGGAUCAAACACACACACACACACACACACACACCCAUACACCCAUACACCCAUACACACGCGCACGUCCCUUCCUACAAAGAAGUGUGUCAAACACACAGUCUCAGUCCUGCUGUCAACAGGCUGCGUGUGUGACCGUGUGUGUGUGAUCUCUGACCACAGGUGUGAGCACAGCUGGAGCAGGUGAGACGGGACGGUUGCCGGGCGACGAGGGACAGGUGUGCUGAUAAACAGGGUUUAAACAAACCCAUCUGUCUUAAAAUGAGGUGCACGAGGGGCGAGCGUGCGGACCCCCUGCACCCCCUCCUGACUUCUGCUGAGACUUUGGUGGGACAGAAAUCGCCUCGGAUACGGAUGAGUUCUGAUAUCUCCUCUGAAACGGCUCGGUUCUGUUAACCACACACAGACGAGGGUCCGGUUUCCUUAAGGAGAGGCGUGGAUGAAGCAGGAGAGCAGCUGAUUGGACCACUGGGAGUGUUGCUGUUUGUCUGAGUGGGCUGGGGCUGGUGGUCUGAGUGGAGGAACAGUGAAGAAGAGUAAGAAGGAGUGAAGAGUGAAGAUGGCCUGCUGUUUUUAUCUCUGUGCUCUGGUAUCUCUGGUCCUGCUGUGUGGAGAACCUUCUUACACCCAAAACUCCGUUACCACGGACGCCCAGGCGGCCAAUCAGACGGCCGGGCCGUCGGGCGCGCCGGAGCUGACCCUGACGACUCCGGGGUCGGAGACGGAAGUGCCGUCGUCGGGGAGCCGUUGUUGGGGAUACUAUGACGUGAUGGGUCAGUGGGACCCUCCGUUUAACUGUAACGCGGGGAUCUACCUGUUCUGCUGCGGCUCCUGCUUCUACCGCUUCUGCUGCCAGUUUAAAGCCCACAGCCUGGACCAGACCUCCUGCUCCAACUACGACACACCCGUCUGGGCCAACACGGGCAAACCGGUGGCCCCGGUCACCGAGGUCCAGCAGCAGCAGGACCGGGACCGCACUCACAUGAUCGUCUACAUCAUCUGUGGAGUGGUGGCCAUUAUGGUGCUGGUGGGCAUCUUCACCAAACUGGGAUUGGAGAAGAGUCAAGGAGGGCAGACUGACAUGAGCAACUCCAGGACCCUGACGGAGCUGCUGAAGCAGCCCGGGGAGAUGGGGGGUGUGGACAGAGGGGGAGGGCAUCAUCCAAUUGGAUCCAAUGGCAUCUCCGGACGAUCGAUGCGGACCAACAAUGUAGAUCAUAAUCACCUGAACAACGCCGCUCUCCCUUCUCUCGGACCUGCUAUGACUCUCUCUCACCCCCACAAUAACCUGGGAGUCGGAUUCAACAAGUACUCAUCUCUCAAAGUCCAGGAUACGGCUGCCAGAGACUAUUACAAGAGUUAUCCCAUGGUGGACUACACACACCGCCAGUCUUCUCCCGCAACCUUCCAACCCAUCGCCUUCCAUCCCAAAGACAAGCCCUUCCUGCCGCCUCCGGAUAUCCACGCCCCCCUCGCCAUCACCAUCACGCCCGCCCAGUUCCCCAAGCCCAAGAUCUCCAAAACCAACACCCACCCGCUCACCUCCAGCUCGGCCUUCAAAGCCUGGGACCCCAGCAAAAGCCCUGUCCAGCAUCAGGUGCCCCUCAUGGGCCAGCCGCAACCACCGCAGUCGCACCCCAACAGCCGGCGCCAGGCCUACUCCAACAAGCGGCAGUUUAGCAUAGAGACGCUGCCAGAGCUGUUCUCUCAGCCUCUGGGGUACGGCCAAUCCCCUCACCUCCUCCCAAAACACAAGGGGCUGCCCACAAACAGCAAGACAGAGGUGACCGUGUGAACGCAGAGCUGGAGUCACGAUGGGGAGAGGGAGAGGACGAGGGAAUUGUGGAGGAAGAGGAGAAAGGAGGAGAUUAUAAAAUAACGUGUGUGCUUGGAAUUGGUUUUAUUAAGAUAAAAGUAAAGUUGGUAGUUGUCAUAAUUUUCUUUACUGUUGGAGAGAACUGGAAGAGGAGAGAACCAGUCACGACUCUCUCUCUCUCUUUCUUUGAUCUUUGGGAUUUCCUGGACGUCUUGUUUCUCUAACUCCCCCUGUGUCUCUCGGUUGUCUGGUCUCCACGAUCUCAAGACCUGUGUUAAGUCCCAAAGUGUGGUGACUUGCACUGCCAGAGCGGGGCAUUCUCAAAGCCCAACAUCCCACUCCUCACACACCCGUCUGGACAGAACAAUUGGGCUGUCAGUUCUCAACAACCUCUGGAUGACACACUGGGAGACAUCACUCAGACAGAUCUAGAGCAUAGGACUGAGAAAGGUGAGGAAGGAGAAGAGCUGUGAAGGAACAGGGUUGGGCAUGGAUAGGUUUAGGAAUUUUGCAUUGUUGUUAGAGUUUGUGGUUAUAAAUGGUUUAGAACAGGGAUAGCCAUUGAUUGGAUUAGGUGUUAUUGGUUUGGGGAGAAGGCUUAGGUAUAUUAGGCUAUAGGGUUUAAAACAGAGCUGAAUAUAGCUUUAAUAAAAGUAAGGUUGGCUAAAAAUCAAUUGUAGACAAACAGUUGAGUGUCAUUAAGGUGUUAACUGGGUGCUGCUAGAGUUAAGGGUUGGGUUGUGAUUGGGUGUGAUUUUGGUGGCUCCACAACUUCACAAAACUUGCAGUGAGACAGGAACAGUUUCAAAACUCUUCUUUUAGUCAGGUCAGGUACUCUAAAGACUUUGAGGUCGAGAGGGACAAAGGCACUCUUGACAUCACUCCAGGGUGUAGCCAUCACAGCCUCUCUCCAGCUGUUGCUAUUUGUGUUUCUGCUUUUCUUUUCCUACCCCCUGCAAAAAGGCAAAGUGCACAGGUAGACUCAAGGUCACCGAGCUCAGAUACGCAGGAGCAGUGCCAGGGACAAGAGCUGCCCGAGGAGAUCAGGGUAUCAUAGCAACAGAGGGGCUAAAGUCUCGGUUAAGGAGUUCAGGAGAGACUGCUCUUCCUUUCUGUUGGAGACACUGUUGGAUAUAUCUGUCUCCUUUCAGGGAUGAGCAUGUUAACAAUCCUUAUAUAUGCAUGCGCACCUUAGAUGAUUUCACCUCAGUUAAUUUAUUGCUAGCAGCAGACAUGACGCACUUGCUAAAAGUGAGUAAUUCCCUUUUGAGACUGACAUCUUGUUCACACAGAGAACGCUCGAUACGGGCGUGAAAGAAUACAGCUAUUUUGAGCUUGUUG